AUCUUCUGCUGUUCCAACGCAUCCCGACAUUUCUCUUCUAUAAAAUGGGCCAAAAACGGAAGCUCAAACCCAUCCAUAAGACUUGCAUACAUUCCCCUUCCAUCUUCUUCAGUUUCCUUAAGUGAGAGUAAAGUACGACAAAAAUGAAUGGACGCCAUCAAUGUCGAAGAAUCCUUGAACCCUAACCCUAACAGAACCAAGGAAGAAAUGGAAGAAGAUGAAGGGGGCUUGCAAGCCAGCAGGAUAUCAAACGCGGUGGCGUUCCCCAUGGUUUUGAAAGCUGCCCUCGAGAUCGGCGUCAUCGACACUAUCUCCAAGGCGGGAGAGGGCGCGUGGCUCUCACCUUCCGAGAUAGCGCGUAGGCUUCCGACCAAACCCACAAACCCGCAGGCUCCACUGUUGUUGGAUCGCAUGCUGCGCUUACUCACUAGCUACUCUAUACUAAAGUGUCGUACGGUGCAAACCGAAAAUGAUGAGAUUGAAAGGGUAUAUGCAGCUGAACCGGUUUGCCGGUUCUUUUUGACCAAUAACCAAGACUCUGGUUCUCUUGUCUCCUUGUUUAUGAUUCUCCACGGUGAUAUCUUUAUCAAGGCAUGGAAUCAUUUGAAACAUAUGGUAUUAGAAGGGGGAGAUGCAUUUACCCACGCCCACGGUACGACCAUAUUCCAAUACAUGUGCAGAGACCAACCUUUGAACGAUCUAUUUAACCGGGCCAUGAGCGGACAUUCCAUCAUGACCGUGAAGAAGGCUCUAGAAGUUUAUCGAGGUUUCGAAGGUGUGAACGUCUUGGUCGAUGUGGGAGGAGGGGUUGGUACUGCUUUAGGUCUCAUCACCUCAAAGUAUCCCAACAUUAAGGGUAUAAAUUUUGAUCUAGCCAGAGCUUUAGCCGACGCUCCUCCUUAUGCCGGGGUUGAACAUGUGGCCGGAGAUAUGUUCGUUGAAGUUCCAAAAGGAGAUGCCGUGUUCAUGAAAUGGAUUCUCCAUGAUUGGAGCGACGAAGAUUGCUCCAAGAUUCUUAGAAAUUGUUGGAAAGCUCUCUCAGAUAAAGGGAAAGUGAUCAUCAUAGACGCGGUUGUUGCCGUAGAUCCAGAAGGCCGUAAUGUCUACUCAAACAUCGUCUUCAGCUUCGACAUGUUGAUGAUGUCUGUAUCCCCAGGCGGGAAAGAAAGGACACAAACCGAGUUUGAAGCUUUGGCUAAGAGGUCGGGAUUCAAUCGCUGCGAAUUCAUAUGCCGUGUUUUCCACUGUUGGGUUAUCGAACUCCACAAAGAGACAGAAGUCUGACGGGAAAAAGAUCGGAGUUCCUUUACAUAUCCAUCGAUCGCUUCUAAUAAGCAUCUUUCCAUUUCUUUGUGGUUUCAUGUUGUUGUCGUUGUCUUUUGGCAUGUAUAAGUAAUAAAAAGCCGAUGGCUGGUCAGAUUGUAUCCUUCAUUUGAUUCAUCGUCAACGUCAAAUGUAAGUCAUAUAUAUAAUCUAGAAACUUGUUUGAUAGAGAAUA